AUGUCUUCGGGUCUUGCCUCUGAUGAGGUCGCCGAGGACUACAAGAACUCUUUGGAAGAUCUCACUAGCAAUGACAGAUUCCAGAUCAGCAACUUGACCGUCAUUGCCAAAGAAAACACGGAACAUGCAAUGGCUAUUUCCCGGGUCUUGGAGAAUCAUAUUCGAACAACACCACCCGCACAGAAAUUACCGGCUUUAUAUGUAGUCGACUCGAUUGUGAAGAAUGUGGGCACUCCUUACACGUUAUUCCUGGGGCGCAACAUGUACCAGACAUUCAUGAACGCAUACACCCUGGUCGACUCACAGACUCGCAAGAAGUUAGAUGAGAUGCUCAAGACCUGGAAGGAGUCUGUCCCGGGUUCUUUGGAUACUAAGCCAGUCUUUCCUCCAGAGAUCACCCGUGGUAUCGAGAGUGCUCUCAUCAAGGCAAGGACAGCAGCUCUUCAACAACAACAAGCCAGAAGCCAACAGGAUCUGCUUGGUCGCGGCCGUGGAACCGGAACACCCACUGGGUGGACUAACAGUCCUACACCACAAACUGCUCCGCGACAUCCUCAACCAAAUGUACCUAGACCCAAUAACAAUGGGCAUGGCUACGACGCCGCACGGAUUCCCCCCCAAACCCAGCAUAAUUCACAUCAGGACGUCGAUCUCGCCGCUUUAAACAGAGAUAUUGAUUCUCUGAUAGCUACAGCUCGUAGCGACUUUGCUAACAAUCCAUUGGACAAUUCCGUGCAGCAGCGUCUGAAAGCUCUUCUGGAUCUUCAAGGGAUAUUACAACGGCAGGAACUUACUCAAGAACAGCUCAGGCUCGUACGUGAUCAGGUUUCCGCACUUGCUCCAGCCCCAAAGCCUGUGCCGGCAAUUCCCCAGGCUUCCAUGGCUGCAAACAUCCCACCCGUGUCAACGACCCCAGUGUCGAAUAUACUCGCGCAACAACUCCCGCAGGCUUUUCAACAGCUAUUGAAUCCCGGGACACUGGGUGAGCUCCUCAAAGUCACUGCUGCCCGUCAGCAGCAACCUACUCCACCUCCGCAGAAUCCACUCCUCUACCCAAAAGUAACUGCAAACAUGAAUACGCCACCACCAGCUGUCCCAACACCAGCAGAGAACCCCCUCAUUGCUGCUCUGAAAGCUAGAGGACUUCUUCCUGCAACGCCUGUCCCGACAGCUUCAAAUCCGCUAAUGCCAUCUGUACCCUCUGCUUUCCCGUUUAUCGUACCUGGCCAAGUGCGGUACACCCCUCCCAUCUCUACACCCCACGCUAUAAAUGCAUCCGAAAUCAAACUCGGUGUUCAAAUGAACACUGUCUCCAUAAAAAUCCCCCAACCAACUUUGAUUAUCUCUCUGUAUGAAGCGAGAUCUAAUCGAUGCGGGACAUGCGGCCGUCGUUUCCUUACAACAGAGGAAGAUAAAGAGAAGAAGGCUCGCCAUCUAGAUUGGCAUUUCAAAACCAACCAACGGAUGGCGGAAGCCGCCAAGCGAGCCCAAAACCGCAGUUGGUACGUCGAUGAACGGGAUUGGAUUAAAUCACGUGAAUUUGGAGAUGAUCUGGAAAUCCCAGAGAGCGAUGCUCAAGGCGAGAGUGGAGCUGGAUCCGGCAGCGCGGCCGCAAAGAAGAGUCUUCCAAAGCAAUGGAUUCGUGCACCGAACGAUGCUGCAUUGCGAAACACUCCGUGUCCCAUCUGCCAAGAGAAGUUCGAAUCGACAUGGUCCGAGGAUGUUCAAGACUGGAUCUGGCAAGACGCAAUCAAAGUUGGGAACCGUGUGUAUCAUGCCAGCUGCUACGCCGAGGUCACCAAAGAUGGGCCAGCUCCAGCCCGCGGUAGCACGCCGCUUGGGCGUACGGGAACUCCAGACUCCGUCCUGGGUAAACGAAAGGCAGAGGACAACGACUCACCCUCCCACGUGCGAAUUAAAACUGAGCCAUCAUUAUAA